CUGGAAGACCAUGCACAGGCUCCUCGGUGAUGUCAUCUUUCUCUGGGGAAGGUCCGCGCGACUUUGUCUUUGAUGAAAAAGCGAUUGCGCAUCUUUUCGGUGGCCCGCCCAAGGUAUCCCAGGGUACAGAUCUACGUCAGUGGCGAGCGAAGCUACAAAAUAGGUGUACUAUGCCCUUCCAACGACGAGCACGAGAAGUUGGUCCUCACGUAUGUCAGCAUCAGAACCGGUGGUGUUCUACUUUUCAAACACAAGUACAUGGUAGUACCUCUUGGCCAGAACACGCGACGAG